CAACUCAACCGAAGCAGACACCAAAACAAAGAAAGAAAGAAAUCGAAACCCAUAAAAUCUUGUACAAUCCUUUCAUAUCAGAAUAAGCACCAGAGAGACAAAAAGGAAAAGAAAAGAAGAGAUACAUAAUCAUUUGAAAUUGCAGAUAUAAAAAAAUUCAGUGAUGGAAGAGACAAAGCAGUCAUUGAUAGCAUCUUUGCCGGCGGCACCAAGAAAGCCGAAGUCGAAAGUAGAGAAAUUUGCGAGGAAAACAUUCAAAGGAACAACUCAUUUGUCAAAUCUACUUCCGACCGGUUCGGUGAUGAGUUUUCAAAUAAUGUGUCCGGUCCUAACCCAUCAGGGUCAGUGUCCGACCAUCACCAGUCGCUGGCUCACCUGCUUCCUCGUCUUCGUAUGCGCCAUCUCUUGCUUCAUCUUCUCCUUUACCGACUCUAUCAGAGACCCAAACGGCAAGAUUAGGUACGGAAUCGCGACAUGGACCGGGCUAUGUGUGAUAGACGGAUCAAUAACUCUAACGGAUGAGGAGAAGGCAAAGUAUAAGCUACAGAUUCUUGAUUUCGUGCACGCAAUCAUGUCAAUGCUCGUCUUCUUUGCAAUCUCCAUGUUUGAUCAGAACGUAACCCGUUGUUUAUUCCCUGUUCCUUCCGAGGAAACUAAGGAGGUCCUUACCAGUUUGCCUUUUAUCAUUGGUGUCUUUUGUGGUGGCUUCUUCCUCGCGUUCCCGACACGCCGUCAUGGCAUCGGAUCCCCACUCACCAAAGAGUAACUUCAUACUCUUACACAAAAUGACGUAAAGUUUUA